CACAGAUCAGGUUAAAUGUCCCCACCAAUCAGACGGUUGGUGCUCUUUCUCUAGGCACCGCCCCACAGCACAUGUUGGGAUAAGUGGGUACUGGAUAGGAGCCGUUAUCUAACUGUGUUGUCUCUCGACUGACUCCAGUGGAUAGUAUUCGGUUUCGGUGGAAUGAACGUUGCAAAGAAGCCCUAAUUUUUUUCCUUAUAUUUUUAGCGGGAAUGGCGAGCAAAGCCCUCUGGAGUUCAUCGACUCUUCUUCUUUCCUCCAAACAAAACGCACCAACUGUUCUUAAAAUUCAUAAUUUCCGAAGAACAACGACAUGGGCUCAAUCGCUGAAAUAUCAAGCCAGAAAAGCUUCCAUUAGAUGUUCUGGAAACACCAACCACGCUCUACGGACUUGCAAGAAUUGCAAAACCCAGUUCGAUCCGUUGCUCAAUCACCCUCGAGCCUGCCGAUUCCACACCGCUCACUUCGGUGCCCUUUCUACUUCGUCUCAUGCAGAAUUCCAACAGCGUCAGCUCCCACUUUUUCAGGUAUGCUCAAGAUCAAGAUCCCUUGAUGCGACAAAAUGUCUCCAUGCACUCACCAUCACCAUGGGUACAGACCAACCCGUAUUUGUUAACAACAACCUUGUGUCGUUGUAUGCGUCACUUGGUGAAUUACCAAUUGCACGGAAUCUAUUUGAGAGAAUGCCUGAACGCAAUGCUGUGUCGUACAAUACAAUCAUUACUGCUCAUACCAGGAAUGGCCUCGGAGAGGAAGCUUGGGAGCUCUUCUCUCAAAUGAUGGCAUCUGAAUUUAGCCCAACUCAAUAUACAUUUGGCAGUCUCUUGUCUUUGCCUUCAUUGGAUCUUCAACAAGGGUUUCAAUUGCAGUCAUUGAUUCUAAAGACUGGAUUGAUUUGUGCUGAUGCUUUCUCGGGAACUGCAUUGUUGGGUCUGUUUGGGAGGCAUGGAAGCUUGGAAGAAGCAUCUAAGUUGUUUGAGGAAAUGCCUAGGCGGAACAUAGUAACUUGGAAUUCCUUAAUAUCUGCAUUCAGCCAAUGGGGGUCUGCAGAAGAUUCUAUGAUUUUGUUCCGUGAACUCCUGAGCAAAAAUAUUCUUCCAUCAGAAUAUUCAUUCGUUGGUGUUUUGUCUGGUGUUGGAAGGGUAACAGACUUUAAAUCUGGAGAACAAAUACAUGGUUUAGUAAUUAAAUUUGGUUCGAUCUUUUACCCUUCUGUAGCUAAUUCCCUCCUAAGUAUGUAUGUGAAAUGUUAUGGCACAUGCCUUGCUGCAAAAGUGUUUGAGGAUGUAUUAUUUCGGGAUGUGGUUUCAUGGAAUGUAAUUAUUGGGGCAUUUAUUGGGGAUAAAAGGCCAGAGAAAGCUUUAGAACUCUUUUUGACAAUGAUUUUGCAAGGGUUCUUGCCAAGCCAGACUACAUUUGUAAAUGCUAUUUGUUCUUGCAGCAAUUUUCAGAUCCCAAUAUAUGGUAAGUUCAUCCAUGCAAAGACCAUCAAGAACAAUUUCAAAUGUGAUGUUUUUGUGGGCACUGCAUUGGUUGAUUUCUACAUGAAAUACAAUGCCUUGGAAGAGGCCCAUAUUUGCUUUGAUGAGAUCUAUGAGAAAAAUAUGGUGUCUUGGAAUGCUUUGAUCUCAGGUUAUGCACAUAAUAACUCUCCUGUUGCAGUUAAUAUACUGCAAACAAUGCUUUAUUUGGGUUACCAGCCUAACGAAUUUUCAUUUUCAGUAGUCCUCAAGGUAACCACAAUUCUAGAGCUGCGGCAACUUCACUGUUUGAUAAUAAGAUUGGGUUACCUUCAGAACCAGUAUGCAUUGAGCUCACUUAUUGCAUCCUAUGCUGCCAAUGGUCAAAUUUCUGAUGCCUUGACUUUUGCCACAACAUCAAUUAUGCCAUUGCCUGUUGUUCCUUCUAAUAUCAUUGCUGGCAUUUACAAUAGAUGUGGCCAAUAUAUAGAAACACAAAAAUGGCUUUCUCAAAUUGAUGAACUAGAUAUUGUAUCUUGGAAUAUUUUGAUUGCUGCUUGUGCUCGCAAUGGUGAUUACAAGGAGGUAUUGAACUUGUUCAGAAAAAUGCAGAUGUGUCAAAUCAUGCCUGACAAUUAUACCUUUGUCAGUCUCAUAAGCAUCUGCUCUGGACUUUGUAAUCUGGCCCUGGGGAGUUCUAUCCAUGGACUUAUCAUAAAGACUGAUUUCAGGUGUUGUGAUGUAUUUGUGUGCAAUCUAUUAGUUGACAUGUAUGCUAAAUGUGGAAGUCUUCAGAGCUCUGUGAAAAUUUUCAAUGAGAUGACAGAUAAAAAUAUAUUCUCGUGGACAGCUUUAAUUUCAGCUCUAGGGCUUCAUGGUUAUGCACAUGAGGCUCUUGAGAGGUUCAGAGAAAUGGAAUCCCUGGGGUUCAAGCCAGAUGGGGUUACUUUCAUGUCAGCUCUUUCAGCUUGUAGACAUGGAGGAUUAGUGGAAGAAGGGAUGGAGUUGUUUAAACAAAUGAAAGAGAGUCAUGGGAUUGAACCUGAGAUGGAUCACUAUGUUUGUGCUGUGGACUUGCUCACUAGAUAUGGGCAUCUAGACGAAGCAGGAAAAUUGAUCAGCAGCAUGCCUAUUCAACCAAAUGCUAUUAUUUGGCGCACUUACCUUGAAGGUUACAAGAGAUUUACAAUUCAAACAGAGAAGUAGUGGCAUGGGGAAAAGGAAUUGGAAUCAAACUUGUCAUUUCAUCAUUGGUCAACUGGAGUGGUUCAUGAUAGGGGUCUUAAAGGAACAAUAGAGACAGUUCAUGCAUGGGAAAAGUAACCAAGUUUUGGUGUAUAUCAUUUCUGUAUACAGAGUUACAUUUCCAUUAGGAAAUAUAAUAGGGACCUGGAGCAAUACUGAGGGUUGAUUCUUGCUAAGAGGCAUGUCAUAGAGCAUUGACGCCUGCCAUCUUUUCUAGGCAACCCUCUGGCCUCUUCUUUGUGUCCAAUUACCUGAAGAACAACAUUGAGCCUUGAGAAAAUAGGGCUUGUAUCUAUUCAUCAAAAAGGGUCUGGGGUGCAUAUGAUUGCCGAAACCCUCUGGUACAUGUCUCCAGACCAAGGUUAGUGGUGCCACACCAACUUCAUUGUAUGUUGGCAUCCUCAUUGUGAAAAAUUCUAGUGGUUUCUUUAAUUAAUUGCAACAGAAUUUAAAAUUUUUUUAGAA